AUGUUCGCCCUGGGCUUGCCCUUCUUGGCUCUCUUGGUGGCCUCGGUCGAGAGCCAUCUGGGAGUUCUGGGGCCUAAGAACGUCUCGCAGAAAGACGCGGAGUUUGAGCGCACCUACGUGGAUGAGGUCAACAGCGAGCUGGUCAACAUCUACACCUUCAACCAUACCGUGACCCGCAACCGGACGGAAGGUGUGAGAGUGUCCGUGAAUGUCCUGAACAAGCAGAAGGGCGCUCCUUUGCUGUUUGUGGUCCGCCAGAAGGAGGCGGUGGUGUCCUUCCAGGUGCCCCUGAUCCUCCGAGGGAUGUUCCAGCGCAAGUACCUCUACCAAAAGGUGGAGCGAACGCUGUGUCAGCCCCCGACCAAGAAUGAGUCCGAGGUCCAGUUCUUCUAUGUGGAUGUGUCCACCCUGUCACCAGUUAACACCACGUACCAGCUCCGCGUCAGCCGAAUGGAUGACUUCGUGCUCAGGACCGGGGAGCCGUUCAGCUUCAACACCACAGCAGCGCAGCCCCAGUACUUCAAGUAUGAGUUCCCAGAAGGAGUGGACUCGGUCAUUGUCAAGGUGGCCUCCAACACGGCCUUCCCCUGCUCAGUGAUCUCCAUCCAGGAUGUGCUGUGUCCUGUGUAUGACCUGGACAACAACGUAGCCUUCAUCGGCAUGUAUCAGACGAUGACCAAGAAGGCGGCCAUCACUGUGCAGCGUAAGGACUUCCCCAGCAACAGCUUUUACGUGGUGGUGGUGGUGAAAACUGAAGACCAGGCCUGUGGGGGCUCCCUGCCUUUCUACCCCUUUAUAGAAGAUGAACCGGUCGAUCAAGGGCACCGCCAGAAAACCCUGUCCGUGCUGGUCUCGAGAGCAGUCACGUCGGAGGCCUACGUUGGCGGUAUGCUCUUCUGCCUGGGCAUAUUUCUCUCCUUCUACCUGCUUACUGUGCUCCUGGCCUGUUGGGAAAACUGGAGGCAAAGGAAGAAGAGCCUUCUGGUGGCCGUGGACCGAGCCUGCCCAGAAAGCGGUCAUCCCCGGGUCCUGGCCGACUCCUUUCCUGGCGGCUCCCCCUAUGACGGCUACAACUACGGCUCCUUUGAGAACGGUUCUGGCUCCACCGGCUCCACUGACGGUCUGGUUGACAGUGCGGGCCCCGGGGACCUAUCCUACAAUUACCAGGACCCCGUGGGCACUCGACCACGACUGGACUCCAUGAGCUCCGUGGAGGAAGAUGACUAUGACACUCUGGCCGACAUCGAUUCAGACAAGAAUGUCAUUCGCACCAAGCAAUACCUCUACGUGGCUGACCUGGCACGCAAGGACAAACGUGUCCUGCGGAAGAAGUACCAGAUCUACUUCUGGAACAUCGCCACCAUUGCCGUCUUCUAUGCACUUCCCGUGGUGCAGCUGGUGAUCACCUACCAGACGGUGGUGAAUGUCACAGGGAACCAGGACAUCUGCUACUACAACUUCCUCUGUGCCCACCCGCUGGGCAACCUCAGCGCCUUCAACAACAUCCUCAGCAACCUGGGGUACAUCCUGCUGGGGCUGCUCUUCCUGCUUAUCAUCUUGCAACGGGAGAUCAACCACAACCGGGCCCUGCUGCGCAACGACCUCUGUGCUCUGGAGUGUGGGAUCCCCAAACACUUUGGCCUCUUCUACGCCAUGGGCACAGCCCUGAUGAUGGAGGGACUGCUUAGCGCUUGCUAUCACGUCUGCCCCAACUACACCAAUUUCCAGUUUGACACGUCGUUCAUGUAUAUGAUCGCGGGGCUCUGCAUGCUGAAGCUCUACCAGAAGCGGCACCCAGACAUCAACGCCAGUGCCUACAGCGCCUACGCCUGCUUGGCCAUCGUCAUCUUCUUCUCCGUGCUGGGCGUGGUCUUCGGCAAGGGGAACACAGCAUUCUGGAUCGUCUUCUCGAUCAUCCAUAUCACUGCCACCCUGCUGCUCAGCACACAGCUCUAUUACAUGGGCCGCUGGAAGCUGGACUCAGGGAUCUGCCGUCGCAUCCUCCACGUGCUCUACACGGACUGCAUCCGGCAGUGCAGUGGGCCUCUCUACGUGGACCGCAUGGUGCUGCUGGUCAUGGGCAACAUCAUCAACUGGUCGCUGGCGGCCUAUGGGCUCAUCAUGCGUCCCAAUGAUUUCGCCUCCUACUUGUUGGCCAUUGGCAUCUGCAACCUGCUUCUUUACUUUGCCUUCUACAUUAUCAUGAAGCUCCGGAGUGGGGAGAGGAUCAAGCUCAUCCCCCUGCUCUGCAUCGUCUGUACUUCGGUGGUCUGGGGCUUCGCCCUCUUUUUCUUCUUCCAGGGACUCAGCACCUGGCAGAAAACCCCCGCAGAGUCGCGGGAGCACAACCGGGACUGCAUCCUCCUCGACUUCUUUGACGACCAUGAUAUCUGGCACUUUCUCUCCUCCAUCGCCAUGUUUGGGUCGUUCCUGGUGUUGCUGACACUGGAUGACGACCUGGACACCGUGCAACGGGACAAGAUCUACGUCUUCUAG